AUGUGCGCAUACCACACUAUGCACUCAAACAUGAAUUAUCGCCAGUCUCGCCGAUCGGCAUGCGACCGCUGCCGUGGUUUCAAACUUCGAUGUGAGCGCGAUCACGCCUCGAAUAGAUCGUGUGAGCGGUGCCUGAAAGCGCAAGCCGUGUGCACUACGAGCCUCAGCCACCCCGUCUCGACUCUUUCGCAGUCAAGCUCAACUGAUCACACGUUAUCGAGCCAAUAUGUGGGGGGUACACUGGGGUAUGAUCGGCUCUAUCUGAACGCUCUUCACAAAACAACCGCGUCAAGGGUGAAGAAACACGCCACCUCGUCAAAUACGUUUCGAUUCCAUGCGAAUCAAGAAGUUGAUCCAUGGACUACUUGUGAGCCUUGGAUCAGCUCCUGGGCUAACAACACUGUCCCGUCGCCUUACGCCUACUGGCCGCUUGAGCGGACUGACACCGAUCAUUCUCCGACUACAGGGAUGGAAUCAAUUGCACCUUCCAAUGGGAAUUUUAACUACCAAGAACAGACUCUAAGUUUGGAGCAAUUGCAACCCUAUGGUUAUUACGACAUUCGAAACGAACAUAUCAGUGUAUCUGCUAGCGACACCAUCUCCAGUCUGCAAUCUUCCUUAUCACGACAGAUUCAGCCUGAAAUUGAGAAGAUCGAACUGAUUGACGGGAUUGAUAACUCUAUUUCUUCAACCAACAACGAGGGAGCAACCCCAGAUGACUCUCCGCUGUACUCUGCCAAGCUUUCGCCCGCCGUCGACCUGAAUGCAGUGCAAAGAAGAUUGCUCCGUCUCAGUCUUGCAAUCUUGGACGAUAUCGAUUCCCUGGAGACAGAUGAGGGCUCUGUUUACACUAUGGAGACUUGCAUCAACUCCACCAAUGAUCGGCUCGAUGAUCUGAUCCUACGAAUGCUGACACAUUCAACUGAGCUCCUCACGAUUCUGAACUUUGAUUCCGCGGCCACAAAUGAUCAUUUGUCUUUGUCUUUCACCAAAUAUCUGGGACAGUGGAGUCCUUGCGCGCAGCUGUGGUCGACAGAUCAAUUCAUAUCGACCGAAGGGCUGGUUAUAGGAAGAGCACCUCCCCUUGUCAAUUCCGGACAUACAACACCAAGAAGCCCAUCGCCAGCCGCAGCAGGAACGGUCAUGUCACCUGAGAGAGUUUGCAUCUACUUAUCGAUGCUCACAGCCUACCAAAAGUUGAUUCGCUUUCAUCACAUUGUUUAUUCCGAACUGAAUAAGUUCAUUAUCAAUGCCGAUUUCUUGGGGGAAAUGGAGAUAUGCUUUCCUCGGUCCUUAUCAUUCAUUCAAACUGCAUUGAGUUCCAACGAGGGCGUCCAGCUUCAGUUACAAGCACUGGUACACGCGUUCAGCAACCUCCUUGACAAGCUUCAGUCUGGCCUGCAAUCUCAGUUUAAUAUGUGUGGGGGUGCUAACAGAAGUAAUCACUCAAGCCCAUCGUCACUGGAUCAUUGUGGUCUUGCUUUCAUCCAUGAAUUUCUCACAAAGCAGGACGGUAUUGACCCAAAUGAUGGGUUGCAGGAGAAGUUGAACACCUUGAACAAUCUUGUGCUUGGAUCGUCUGUGACUUGGGAUACAUAA